AGACGAAGAAGGAAACGCGGUGAAAGAUCCGACUGUUUGUGUGUGUGUGUGUGCGAGCGCCGUGGAUUGAGGUUAACCUCAUUCGUUCGUUGGCACAGACAGCGGCAUCAUGUCUGAAUCGCGCGAGUGAACCGACCGGUGUGAUAUCGUCGCGUAUAAUAUAAUAAAAAUUAAAUCGUUUUAUUUAAAUACAUAUAUUAAUUUUUUUUUUUUUACUCAAAUAUUACUUACAUUUUACCGGCGUGUCCGCCGCGUGUGUUUUGGCGCCGAUCCGAUUUUGUUUGCCGCGCCCGCCAGUGUGUAUUGUGUCGCCAACUACAGACUGCAAGUACGAGAAUAAUAAUAAUAAUAAUAUGAUGUUUGUUGUCGUUUCCAUGGAUUACGAGCACGCGGUAUACCCACAAGUGUCGGUUUAACUUUCGACCGUACUCCAAGUCCGGUGCGACGGCCGCGAACACCGUGAAAAUGCCGGCCAGGCGCAAGAAGCUGUUGCCCGCCAGAACGCUGGCCCUGCUGUUGGCCAGCGCGUUCUUGUUCGACUGUUUAGUUCUAAGUACAGGUGAUAUAUUGCUCAAUGAAAAUGAUAAACUUGUGGAGAGUAUCAAAAGAGAUGGCGAUGUCACUGUAUUAUUAUUGGACGACACCGGCAAGAAGAAGACAUCCCCAACUACCGGGCUAUUGUCUUCGAUGGCCCGCACGUUUGUCCAAGACGGUGUUACCACAGAGUAUGCCACUCACGUUAUCGGCACUACAGUUGGCGACCGUUAUGCGCACAUUGUUAGUACAGGUUCUCGAGUAUUUUACGAUAGCAUUAAGCCCACGAACAGGCACGAUACUCCUGAAAUCAACUUGCAAACUAUAUUAGAUAAUUUAGGACAGCCGCAGAUCUUCGAAAAACCUAAAGAAGAGGAAUCGAACUUGAUCGAAGCGAAAAAGCCGGAAUCGGCAACGACGCCAGGACCUUCCGGCAAGCCGAACAUAUCGGUUAGGCAAGAAGUGUCUGUGAGAAAAAAUUUCGGAUCGGAUAUCAUUAAACCGGCGAAAGUUAGUCCGAAAAAUGGUUUACCGACAUUUACGGUUAAGAGUAACGACGAGGAAUAUUUACCACUCGCAGAGGAAACGACGAAACGCGAUGACUCGGCUCUGAACAAAUUGAGAUUAUCUAAAAACUUGUUCAGAACGGGACUGAAGCCGGUUGAAAUUAAAAAAUAUGAAACGGUUACAUAUUUCGGGUUUGCUGACUUUAUGACAACUGUUGGAAAUACUGUCAUAAUAUUUAUGCCGAAAACCCCGUCUUUGUCAGAACCUACUGGUGUCACAAGUAUUAAAGGUGAAGCUACCCUUCGACCGGAAGACCUGAUAAAGCCUUCGAAGUCUAAUCAAGUAUUCCCCACUCAAACAUUAGCUCCUUCCGUGGAAAACAUGGAUUAUCCUAGCCUAAUAGAGUCGAGCAUGACGAAUUCAGAAGAAUCAAUGUCUUUGCCUACAGAACCACUGUCUCGUCGUAUAUCGGAAACCACGAGAGUAUUUAACAACGAGCACGAAGCUCUAGGCCUUUUGAAGACUAUUGGAGGAGUGGAUGUAAUCGAUAGUAAAACGACUAGACUCACAACGUUCUUCUACGGUACGUAUACCAAUGGAAAAUACACACAACUUGAACAGACUGUUUCAACACUACUAUCAAAGCCUUCACAAGUUACUAAGCAUCCUAAACCCGAAAUAACAUUAACCAAAGUAACUACUACGACAACAGAGUCCAAACCGAUUGAGCCAGUAACCGAAGAAAACAAAGUCGUUACUACUACUGAAUCUGAAGUUGACAUUCCAACAACGCCAGAAGAAGAAACAGUUACACCGAGUUCGAUUUCCGAAGGAACUUUAUAUAAAACUUACACAUAUUUGACAACUUUCUUUAUACCCGUCGACGAAAGUGUAACGAAAACCUCGGUUAAAUCAAGAAUUGUUUUAUCUCCUGAGCCGACUAAAAGCAUGUCAACAACCAUGAUGGAAACAAUUAGCAGUACGACUGAAGAAGUACUAACAACAACUCCCGAAGAUGAAGACAUAAAGUAUACAACAACAGAAGAAAUUCCAAUUACGACUGAAAAUGAUUUUAUUGAAAAGAAGCUUGAAGAAAAGGUUCCUGAAACGACUACUAGUUCUAUGAAAGAAGAAAUUAAAACUACAGAAAAGUCAGCCAGCAACGAAACAACGAAUAGCGACGUAGUAAUUGAAAUGCCAACAACUACAACAAAACCCGAAGACGAGGAAGUUGAGCUACUAUUUAAAACAUUUUAUACUACUUAUACAUAUUUAACAACGUAUUUCCAUGAGUCAACAACUAGUGUCUUAAGCAGGGAAGAAGUAGUGACUAACGUCGUUACGUCUACUUUGGAGAAAGAUUUCCUAGCCACAGACCCAGCAGUGGCUGGAUUGUUUGCCAGGGAAGACGGUAGCUUAUUAAAUUCAGUUGUACACGAGACUGCAAGACAACCGAGAGUACUAGCAACGCGUGUUCGACCAGAGAGACCGUCGUCGGCUUACUUACAUAAACCAAGUGAUAGUUUAUUCGCUUCUACCUUAGAAUCGGUAGAUUAUAAAAAAGAACUCGCCACACCACCAUUAGAUGACGGUGCAGUUAAAACCUUCUCAAAGACAUACACCUACUUUACAACGCUCCUAUCUGACGGCUCUACAAACCUAAAAAGUCAUACAGAAGUUUAUACAAACGUUAUCAUGCCUUCGAGUAUGCUGGUAUCCAAAAAUAUUCAACCAACAGUCGUACAAAAUAAUAUCGAAUCGGCUGUAUCGAAAGGUUCUGAACCACUCUAUGAACCUAUGGAUGAACCAGAAUUAAAUUCCGAGGAAGAAAAAAAUAACGAAGAAGUAGAUGAUGAACAAGAAGAUAAAACGGAAAGUAAAGAAAACAAUAAUAAGAUUACACCAUCUUAUAAAUAUGACAUGACAAUAACAAGAAAUCGUACUAAUUUUAAUAAUGCACCUGAAGACAAACCAAUAAAGGAUAUUAUUGGGGAAUCGAUGGUAACUGAUACGAAAUCAAUUUCGUCAAACAAUAUUAAACGGAAAGUUUCCACUGAAGACGACGAAGAUAUGGAAAGUUCUGAAACAAAUGAAGACUUCGAACCAUCUCCCACGCGCGAGUUGCAAACAAGUUUCACUACUUAUACAUAUUUUACGACAAUCUAUAAAGGAGUUUCUUCUAGCGAUAUCAUAAGUCGUUUUGAAACUGUCACGAAUGUCGUUCCUCAUACUAUACAGCCUACAGAAGCUUAUAAUAUAAACAAUGAAGAAUCUACGUUACCAAUAACCUAUUUUACAACUUAUACGUACUGGACCACGUUGUAUAAAGACGGAAAUACAUUAGUUACAAGUCGAGAAGAUACAUUAACAAAUGUUGUAACACCGUCUGUUUCUGAAAGUGUAAUUGCUUCGGUUAUAAAGCCAACUUCAGUAACUGAAAUUACAGCGACGACAAAACCUCAUGAACUUGAGCCAACCACUUUCUUCACUACUUUUACUUACUUCACAACGUCUUAUCUUGACAAUGAAACAAUCGUUAACAGUAGAUUGGAAACGGUAACUAGUGUUCUAAACACUUCAGAUGUCAGUCAAACUACAACCGAUGAAGACGAAGAAAUGGAAGAUAGUGUUAUAAAAACAGCACCAGGAAAUACAUUGUCAGGAAAGCCUCCAAUGCCGAUUUUAAAACCAACAGGAUUACUUUCGUCGAUUACAACUCAAGAGGUAAAUAAUGGUGAAACGACAGCAUUCACAACAGAUGUCUAUGGAACUUACAUUGAUGGUUUGUAUGCACAAAUUCUUGAAAGUAGAUCUAAUAUUUUAAAAGCAUCGCCAAUACAAUCUGAUGCUAAAAAUACAGGCGUUGUUGCACUAAAUGAAGGCAAAAUUAUAGAUGCAAAUGGAAUUAGUACAACGUUUUAUACAACAAAAGCUAUCGGUACAUACAUAGAUCAGCUAUAUGCUCAAGUCAUUGAAAGUACAUCGUCUAUAAAAGUAAAUGACAAUAAAAAAACUUUAGACCCAUCUACAGUAAUAAUCGGUUCUAAAACCUACCGUACGGGUUUAAUCAGUUUAAUAGAAGGGACAAGUGUCAAAGAUUUAAGUACCACAUAUUAUGAAACAAAAGUCUUAGGGAACGUUGUAGAUGGAAAAUAUACACAAGAAUUUGAAAGUUCUUCCGUGGUAAAAGUAGGAGUGAACCCAACUGCAGUUCAAGAAACAAAAGCGUCGGCAACUCGACUAAACGAAGUAUUAAAUGAAUUGCCAAUAUCUCCUUCGCCUGCUGUAAUUGAGAGUUCACAAGGCGAAACCGGUUCUACCACUGAGAAGAACGAUGAAGCCAUUGAGGAUGAAUCAUCAAAUAAAAGAAAACAAUUCCCCGUAAUUAGGCCAUUUGCUUCAAGACCACGGCCAACGUUCUUACCGAAAAAAAAAUCGACUGAUAGUUUAGGAGCUGCGACAAUAAACCGUAGUAUUACUCCCACAAUUGUCGCUACGCCUGCGCUUAAGUCUAAUGAAAAAGGUUUUGGAUCUACUAGUCGAAAUCGAUUUGCUGGUGUUCGAAAACCUAGCUCAUCUCAAUUAUCUGAAUUGAGUCCAUCAUCUGCAAGCACUCGAAAAUUUUCAAGAUCUAAAAGUACCAACACUCCAUUAGUAUCUCCUUCAUUAAAUUUCAAGAGCCGAUCUUCAAUAUCAGCUACUAGAGCAAUAUCGGCAUCUUCAACUGCUAGUUUUGGUAGUGCAAGACGAAGCAGUCUUAAUCAGAGAUCAUCAAGUUUAAAGACACCAGAAAUCGCACCCAAGAGCUCAUUGCCAUCGAGAUUUAGAAUAAGACCAACAGCUUCUUCUGGAUUUAAUCGCUUUUCAAGCACAUUAACUACGAGUACUGAAGAAAUCCCCGACAAUAAUGAAGUUAGUACUUCGAUAGUAACUGAGGAAGCUGUAUAUACUCCUGAUGACGAGAGCGAAGGCAUUACUGUGCCGGCAUCGACUACAACAGAAUCGUCUAGAAGAGGAAAUAACCCAUUGCUAAAACUUAGGCGACCUCCACUUCCAAAAACACCUGCAACUACUCAAUCUCCAAGAAGAAACACUGUGAGAACUGCUAGCCCAACGACAAGCACAACGACGACUACACCUAGACCCCAAAGGCCAAAGACACCCAGUCCUUUAAUAACACGCAACCGACCCAGGCCUGUGAAUGGAUUGUUCCCAUCUAGAGGGCUUGGGAAAAAAGAGCAAGAACCAGAGGUAAUAAAUGAACAGAAUAUAGAAGAAGAAAGACCACAACAAGAAUUUAAAACCGACGAUGAGUUAGAAACUUCCUUUGACGCUUCUGGAGUCCAGGUAGAACAACAAUCUAACGCAGUCGCUGAAACCGAACGGCCAUCUAGAGGUAGCAGAACUUUUAAUAAUCAAGUACAAAUAAGACCAUUCAGUAAUAAAAGAGGUCGAUCGAAACGUCAGGUUGAAUAUGGUAGCAGGUCCUAUGAUAAUAGCAGAAGCUAUAGAAGUAAACAACCAGCUAAAAACACAGCCGUUGACUAUUAUUACUAUGACGAGUAUGUUGAAGCAGAAACUCCAGCUCCCGUGAGAACGCCACCACCUCCACCUAGAAGACAGCCUAGUCGAACCAGACAACAGCCAAAAGUUAAUCCUACAGCUUCGUCAUCUAAUUUUGGUAGGUCACAAUUUACAUUACGAGAAAAGACACCUACAACUACGCCGGCGCCAACCCAAAGAACGUCGAAUUACAGAAGAACGCGGCCACCAGUAGUAGAAACUACUACAUCUAAACGGUUAUCUAGAUUGAGAUAUCCAACUACAACUACUCCGGAACCCCUUCGUAAUGGUCGUCGCUAUACACCAUCUUCGCGUCGCCAAAGUACCCGACCUAGAUAUAGGGAUCAAGAGUUGAAUACUUACGUUAACACACAAAGUGUAUUUGAUGGUACAAUAACAGUAACUCAUAAAAUACCAACCGAGUUAACUAUACCUAUUGUCAUAGGUAAAAACACAGAAUACAAACAAGUAUUGACAGCUAAACCUAGUCUCGAGGUAUUGGGUCCAAAUCAAUAUAGUACAGUUGCAGGCAAGAACGGUUACCCAACCGUUCAACUUGUUAGAGAGGUAACUGAAACCUUGCAAAACGGAGUAACAGAAAUAACUAAAUUCGUAAUUUUUGAACAACCAACGAGCAGUAUUACAUUUACACCAACUUAUAUACGGGGAAGGAAAACCUCAUACUCGCAUAUAAUACCUAGUACAAUAUAUGAAAUAAGACCUGAAGUUUCCACAGUCCAGCCACAAUUAAACAAUGCACCAUUAGCUAAUUUGCUAUUAUCACAAUUACUUUUGGGCAACUUAGGAAUUCAGCAAACGGUUAACCCCUUACUAGCCUUAAACUCAGCUAUGGUAACACCUCAAUCACCCGUAACUGAAUUCAAAACCAAAAGUACAACUUAUGUAACCACCGUAACAAAUUCGGUAUCGACAGUGUUGCCAAUCACUUUCAGAGGAAAAGUUAUAUCGACAACAGUUAUUGAUAGCUCUACUAAUGUUAUUACUGCCACGGAAUAUAUCACGGAAACUAUUGUGACUACACCAACUAUAACGCAACAGCCAACUAAUCAAUUAAACACGUUACUUUUGCCAGCGUUACUCCAAGCCCAGCUAUUGGGGCAAGCUACUACUUCUAAUAAUUUGCUGGGCAGUAUUGAUACGACUCAAGAAGACCUUCUUCAAGAGCUUAUUGAACCCACGCCGAAGUACGACGAUGAUGUAAAAGGUGACACAAAACCAUCAAAAAAGAAAACGGUUGCAAAAAAACCACCGGAUCCGGCAAUAGAUCCUGCAGAAGCAAGUGUGGUAACUCUGUACGUAUCAGGGAAACGACCAGGUGAAUUCAGCACUGUAUUAUCGACAAUCAAUUUUGAUGAAACAGCUACAGUACGCAAACGAGAGGUAGAACCUUCGUCUGUAUUAGAUUUAAUGGCAACAGUAUUUGAAGACUUCUUAUUGUCACCUACUGACGAGGAUCUUGUUCAUGGUUACAACGAAGAAGAAACUCAGAGUUUGGAGAGUAUGUUGGGCGAUGUGAGUAAAAACGUAAAACUCGAGAACCGAGCUACAAAGGUAAAAGUGCUACUCGCUGAACCUACCGCCAAGCCAACCCAAGAAACUACCGAUCAUUUUUUAUGGAAAAGCUCCGCUGAUGCUCCAGUUCAGCGGGAAAGCAUAAAACCAAAAAUCUGGAGUUCUGGAAGUCGAACGAAAAGAGAAGCAUCUCAUUUUUUACCAUCUAAUGAUGUUUUUCUGUUUGACUCUUCAAAAAUACCAAAAAAAUCAUUAACCCAAAACAAUUUUUAUAAUGUCGGUGAUAGGAAAAAUUCUUCUUUUACUAUCUCAAAAAAUCUACAACAAAAUAAAAUUGACGCAAAAGCAGACGAACAAAGGGGGUUCGAAGAUAGGAAGUUUAACUUUGCUACGAAAAAAAUGAGCAAUGGUGUUGAAGUAAUAGUUGCUGGAGAUAAAAGCACAUACCCUGGACAAUCUAAUGUACUAAGAGUAUUGCCCACUUCUCCCGCAAGACCUAUAACACUUGCACCAAGUACUCUAACCGACCAUAUGCUCAUGAUGCUACCCCAUCCAAUUAAACAAAGCAUGAACAAUCAAUUUGUUACCAAAACAUAUUUAACAACUUACACAUAUUUAACAACGUUCUUGGAUGGAGAGGCUACAGUAGUAUCUAGUCGAGAGAAAGUGGUAUCAAAUGUUGUUACUGACGAAGUGAAUAAAAUUACUCCAACUGCAACACUCAGUCAAGUUACAUUAACAUCAAGCCCGAGUUUAGAAACUGGGGUUUAUCAUACCACUUAUACGUAUUUAAAUACGAUUGUGGACGGAGACGUUCCUCUCGUUAUGACCAGCCAGAAAACCGUGGCCAACACUGUAACAGCUCCGCAUGAGUUUUUAACACCUUUACAAGCCUCCGAACCUGCUUACCACGACACUAACACCUACCUCAAUACUGUUUCAUUUACGAAGACGUUAAGUGAUGGUCCUGAUUAUACUGUAGUAAGUACGGAAGACAUAUUGACUCAGGUGAUCAUUACAAAAACGGAUAAUACCCCAACUUUGGAUAAAACUUUAUCGAAACCCGAAAGUUCAGUAACUGACGUAACUAAAACUUAUUUUGUUACAUAUACAUACUUUAAUACGGUACAAGAAGGUACAAACACCGUAGUUAAAUCGGAUAUAUCUGUGUCCUCUGAUAUAAUCACGGAAAAAAACCAUAUAGCAACCAAAACAGAACAAAUACUACCAACGCCAAUUGUUGAUAAACAACCGUUUAAUGUGUAUGCGACUAAGACGUAUCUCACAACGUAUACUUAUUUUACAACUUUAUUGAAAGACAAUGAUGGGAAAAAUCCGUCUAACACACAAAUCAAAUCCAGAACUAAAGUGGUUCAGAACAUUGUAACAGAGUCGUUGAAUACAUCAUUGUUUGACUCGAAUUACUUAUCUGCUAUAAGUUCAUCAGUACAAAACGAAAAAAUUCCUAUAACCGCCACAGCGACAUUAGGAAAUGGUCAAAAAGUCGAAUUUACUGCUAUGAAUGAAGUACUGCCAACGGAACAAAACGAUAUAUACCCAACAGAUUCGGUUAUUUCAACUUCGUCUCCUGAAACAGAAAAACCACCAGUCACAGAAAAUGUUAUAAAGCCAGCGGAUAAACUUAAAGAUUCUAUUAAGCCGUCUAGUGUUAAUAAAAUAUCACAAAAAACUGAGAUACAAAAACCACCAAAGAAGAGUCCUCCUCCAAAAUCUGAACAAAAAUUCCCAGUAAAUGCAUUGCCAGUUAAACCAGCCAACUCAAAUACGGGGGGUAGUUUGAUUGAUUUUGGAACAAUGGCUCAAAGCUUAACAGCCUUAAAACCAGUUAUUAGUGCUGUGGCCGGUAUAAUACAAAAUAACUACAAAAGUGAGCAAAAAACUAAAAAUGUUCACAUUCAACAGAAAUCAACGCCCAAGCCAGUAAAACAUGAAACAACCAGUAGAUCCCCGAUAUACAUACCUGUUGGUGGACUAGCAGAUUCUGUAGGUUCAGAAAGUCAACAAUAUCCAGACACAGAUCAAAGACACCCUCACGUAGGAUCUGCAAGACCACCACUCGAAGCAGCUAUGUUAUCUGGAGGGAUACCAAUAAGUCCUGGAGAAGUAAUAACAACUAAUAGUGACGUUAUUAUUGGAAAACCAUCAGUUUUAGGACCCAGACCGCCAGCUGAUAAUUUUAAAAAUGACGAGAACCCUUUUGGUAUAAGACCAACGGUAGAAAACUACAAAAACGAUGAUAUGUCAUUUGGUAUGAGACCACCACCUCCUUCCCCACAAUUUAAAGAUAAGGUAUCAAUACCAAAUAACGGAGCGAGGGAACAUAUUAAAAAUCCUUUACCUCACACCGACAGAAAAAAUACUCAACCAUUGCGAUAUCAUGAAAACCGGGUGCAAGGCCAUUAUCAGAUAACUAACGCACCAAUUAAAUCAGAAGUGAAUAUAAUACCUUUAAGUAAACCUGACCCUUGGCCAACAAAAUUGGUCACUGAUGUACAACCUUUAAUUUUAACGAAUCCAGACUUUGACCCAAACGUUAGCUACAGUGAUCAACAUCUAGUUACAUCAAAUAAACCUUAUCUAGAACAAACAGCUAUUGACCCUUUGUUGGUAAACAUUCAACCAUCUCAAGUAGCUCAAGUUGUAAUACCGCAUGGAAGUCAAACAGCGUUAAUAUACAGUGAUCAACCUGCAAUCGGACAUGGUCCUAAAGGUGAAAUAUUUAAUGACCCGCAACCUUAUCCAGAAAACCAUGUAAAUCCUGGGUUUGUAGGAUUAGAAGUGUAUGGAACUGAAAAUCGUCCAAUAAAAACUGAAAAUCGUCCAAUAAAUAGUGUAAAAUCAAAAAUACCUGCAAAUGCUAUACACUUUGAUAUACCAGUAUCUCCAGCAGGCAUAAAAGUAGGUGAUACAGAAUCACACCACGUAGUUUUAUAUGAUAAUGACACUGGAGAAGUAAAAACCAGGCCUAUUGAAAUCCCUAGGCCUCAAAAUAAUAACAACCAAUAUUUGGUCCCACCACCAGUGUCUCAAGUUAAUUCAUUUAUUCGGAGACCCGAAGGAAGACCUGAAGUAGGAUCUUCAGUAGAAGAUGAUUUGUUACAAUUUGAAGAUGGUGAAGUAACGCAAGAGUCAAAGAAAACUCCAUUAAGACCAGGAGAAUUACCUUAUGGGGUCCAUAGUAGUGAGUUUGAUGAAGAAAGAACACCUAUCAUCACGGGUAGACCACAUGGGGGCAACUUCAAAGGAGAAGAACAGAUAGUUUCAGUAGGAAAACCUUUAGGAACUAACGAACACAUUGAAUUGAGACCCGGUAACUUAGUCGUGUCCAAUCAAAAUCAUCAAGAAAUACAGCACAAUAUUCAAUAUUUCAACAAUGAACUAAAAUCUCCUAAUCUCACACCAACAACUGGCAAUUAUGAUGAUACGAAUAGACCAAACAAGCUUAUAAUAAAUGUCCCGCCUAGAGAUGAUAUCAAGCAGGCUAUGGACAUGGACGAAAAAUUACCACCAUUACCGCCAUCGUCACCGACGAAAAAUGACAAUAAUGAUUUAGAUGUUCAAGGAAGCACACCACAACCAAUAAUAGUAAGACCACAGCACGAUAACGAAGUGUUGGGAUUAUCUCCGCCUCCAAUGAUAACUCACACUGUAAAGUAUGAUAAUGUUACAUUAAAACCACAAAGUUCAAGAAGACCGUACCGUCCUAAACCUAGGACUACGACUCCACCUCCAUAUCAGUUUGAGAGACCUCAAAACAAACGACCGCCACCACCAUACCAGAAUCAAGAAGAUGUAGUAUUAAAACCGGUGUCCACUACAGCGAAAGUUGAGCCCGUGCAUAAAUGGGAAGCUUCUCCAAGUUUAAAACCAGAUCACAAGCCAACUUACGAAGAGAAACCGGAAAUUUUAAAAGCGGAAAGUAAAGUAGUCAGCCAAGGUUCGUAUGUUAAACCCAACUACCGCGAAACGACAAAAGACAAAACAAUAAUUUACGGAAAUCCAGUGACAAAUGUAAUCCCAACAAUUGUCACACAUGAACCAACUAAAUGGCACGACUACAGUCCUAUUUCCAGCACCGAAAGCAGAAUUGAGACAAUACAGUCUACUACUGAAACUCCAGCGUUGACUUCUUCUACUUUGGGGAUUAUCAAAUCAUAUACAACACCGAGCAAACCCGCGAUUAAGCCCACAAGUAAAACGACCGACUAUCAUAGCGUUAUAAGUGUUGUUGUCAAAAAUGAAGAGAAACCCGAAGAGAAAAUAAACGAGGAUGUCUUGGAAAGUCCUACGACUCCAAAACAAAAGACUCAAAUGAGACCGCAAGUAACAAUUUUACAACUACCGGAAAGACCAUCGUUUAUGGACGAGUUUCACAAGCAACUCCACCAAGCUUCUUCGUUACCGACGCGAUUUGUCACCCACACCCAAACAUUAUCUGUAACAAUAACGGAAACAACUGUUCUUCAGAGUGAUGGUUUUGAACCUUCGACGCACACCCUUGUUCUUACUAAAACACAGACGUCGACGUUGGUGGACACAGUGACCGAAGUCCAUACGUUAGUCAAGCCUACUCAGGUGUUAUCGACAAUAACCACUACUGUGCCGGUGCCGGUGCCAAUUCAUACCGAUCCGGUAUUAUUGGCCCCAGUUGUCGAAGGAACCAAAUCCAAAACCAUUGCCGUGCCUCCGGACGAAAACGAAACGCUUCUAGUCGUUAUGACCGAUAAAAAAGGCGGAAGCAAUCACAAUCAUAACUAUAAUCACAACCAUGGUAUACCACCAGAAAUUCAAGUCCCUGACGAAACCAACGAAAUUGGUCCCAGUGACGUUUUAUUAAGUGGCAUUUUAACUCAUUCGUCUGAUUCGGAAUGCCGGCCCGAAUGUAAAGCGACCAAAAACGAAAUUUGCCAACGAGUAGAAAACGUAAUGCGAUGUGUUUGCCGACCUGGAUUCGCUAGAAUAUUUAUGGACAGGCCUUGUAAACCUACGUACACGUAUACAAUGAAAUUGGUUUUGGACAAGUUCCGCAAAGAACCAAUAAAAUACUCCAAUUUCUUGGAGAAUCCUAGUUCGUCUCAAUACCAACAGCUGACUGAAGCAACCCGGGAAGGGCUUAAUCGGAUGUCAAUGCAAUCGGAUCUCAGAGACAUAUAUCACGGUGUUAUCGUAGGAGGAUUUGAGCCGGCGGUCAAUGGCGAAAAGACGGCCGUUUCGUACAUCAUACAACUAUCCGAAAACGCGGAAGACACUAAAUUAUGGGAAGCGACUAAAAAAUCACUUAGAGCUACCAACUUCAGUUUGGGAGGAACUGAUGUAUUUGCUGCUCGUGAUCAUUUACAACUUUUAUCAGCCGAAGAUUUUGACGAAUGUAGUGACACGAAAUUCCACGACUGCUCAGAUAACGCCAAGUGCUUCAAUUUACACGGAACGUACACGUGCAGUUGCAAAGAUGGAUUCACUGAUAUUUCACACAACGCUCAAUUCCCUGGAAGAGUCUGUUCUUCUGAACUUGUUGGAUGCGACUUAUGUAACUAUCACGGUACAUGUUAUUUAAGUAACCAAGAUCAAACUAUUUGCGAAUGCUUCCAGUGGUAUGCUGGCAAACACUGUCAAUUCAAUUUAAGAGUGCUUCUGCUAGGUCUGAUAGCUAUCGGAGUGAUGUUAUUGUCACUGCUUAUCGCAUGCCUUUUGAUGGCGUGCUGCAAGAAAAAAUCUAGAGAAUCGGUAAUGGGACUCUAUCAACCUCAGCGACCAGUUAUGGGUUUCCGACGUUAUCGAAACAUGAUGGCUGCCACCAGGGGCGAUAAAAGAGCAAUGAUCAGCGUCGAUACGGGAAGCGAAACGAGCGUCGACCGAACGCCUCCUCCAUACGUCAAACAGGUGAUGAGCCCGCAAAGGCAAGUGCACGCUCACGGGCAUUCUCACGCUAAAACACCGUCGCCUUCGAGCCACGGCGGCAGUACCAUGCGUAGUGGACUGGACCAACGAGAUAGAAGUCUGACAGUGAUGAUACCAAGGGCCAAGUAUCGGGCUGCACCACAGCAAUCGCCGUCGGUGUUGACCAUGUCUACAUUCGGACCCGAACAAAAGGAAAUGACCUAUCUGGACUCGCGGCAAACGCCGAUCAAGGGCUCAAGGUGUAGCAGCAGAAAACCUAGUGAUACAACGCAGCGGUCGGUGGAAAUACCUCCGCCUCGCAAGAAGUACGCAGCCCCGAGAAAACCAUCGACGGGCGCCCUCGUGUCAGCCGGAUUCGAGGUCUCGGCCACAGUGGUCAAGACCAAAGAACUAGAUGAAGCGUACGUGGGCCGCGAGGACGACAAACCAGAUUUCAACACUGCAAGAACAACCGCCGCCAGGACCGUAUCUGUGGCGAGGUCUUUCGACGAAACGACCAUACAGAAUCCGACAAAAUGCUAUCAUGCCGACAGUCAUUACGAGUCCAAAUCGCAGUAUUCCCAAAAGACAGCCGACGAGGGACACACGAUGGUCGAAAGAGACUUGGGCUCUACGUACCUGAUGCCCCAAUCAAAACUGUACAAGCCGGAUAAUAGGGGAAGUGAUACGUCGAAUUUCGAUUCACUGUGAUGGAUUCGACAGAGAUUACCAUCCCAAUCAUGCCAUACAAUAUUAUCAACAGUCAAAUAAUCAUGUUCAUAAUUUACCUACGUUGUACAGCUUCCGAAACUCUGUACUUUUAAUUUAUUGCUGUAUUAUGAUAUUAUUCUAGUUACAUCCUAAAACAGUAUUAUCUUUAGUAUUUUUUAUAUGUUAUUAUUUACAUAGUUUUAAUUACAUACAAUGCCAUAUAUAUAGGUAAUUUUGUUAUUAGUUUAAUUGUAUAUUAUUCAUUAUUUGUUUCGUGAGAUCGUGUUUUUAAAAUUUUUUUACUUAAACAUUUAUUUGUUAUGACAUAUUAUGAGAUGUUCUCUUUUCUUAUGAUAACCUAUUGAAGGAUCAUAAUGAAACGACAAUACCUCUUAUUUUAUUAUUAUUUCUUCGAUUUCGAUAUUAUGUAAAUACACGUAUGUUGAAAUGAAAAAAAAAGAAAUACAUAAUUAUUUAAUUACAAUAACAUUUUGUUGGUAAUAUGCAGAUGACAAAUGUUUUGAUCAAUUUUAAUUUAGUUGCUAAGGAUACCAAGCCUUAUUUGUGCCAAAAAAAUAUUGUCAUCUUCUGAAAAGUUACUUAACAGACAAUAACAAAUAUUUGAAUACAUAUUUUUUUUACCUGCCAUUUUACGUUAUAAUUAUAGCCUAUUAUCAUCUGUUAUAGGCUAAUAAAUUGAUUGUACUUCACUGUUGAAUAAAACAACGAAGUCACUUUAGAUGUAUGUUAAUAAUUGUUUAAGAAUAUGAAAAAAUAAAGAUG